GAGGAGGGUUUAAAGCCAGGUGCGCCGAGUCAGCUCGCCAUGUCCAGAUCCGGGGACAGGACCUCCACCUUCGACCCCAGCCACAGUGACAACCUGCUGCACGGCCUCAACCUGCUGUGGAGGAAGCAGCUAUUUUGCGACGUGACCCUGACGGCCCAGGGCCAACAGUUCCACUGCCACAAGGCCGUGCUGGCCUCCUGCUCGCAGUACUUCCGAUCACUCUUCUCCAGCCACCCCCCUCUCGGGGGAGGGGUCGGCGGCCAGGACGGCCUGGGGGCCCCCAAGGACCAGCAGCAGCCGCAGCCGCAGCCGCAGCAGCAGCCUCCACAGCAGCAGCAGCCACCGCCACAGGAGGAGCCCGGGACUCCUUCCUCCUCCCCCGACGACAAGCUGCUGACCAGUCCCCGAGCCAUCAACAACCUCGUGCUGCAGGGCUGCUCGUCCAUCGGGCUGCGCCUAGUGCUCGAAUACCUCUACACGGCCAACGUGACCCUCUCCCUGGACACCGUGGAGGAGGUGCUGUCGGUCAGCAAGAUCCUGCAUAUCCCUCAGGUCACCAAGCUCUGCGUUCAGUUCCUCAACGACCAGAUCUCGGUGCAGAACUACAAGCAGGUGUGCAAGAUCGCCGCCCUGCACGGCCUGGAGGAGACCAAGAAGCUGGCCAACAAGUACCUGGUGGAGGAUGUGCUGUUGCUUAACUUCGAGGAGAUGCGUGCCCUGCUGGACUCGCUGCCGCCCCCCGUGGAGUCGGAGCUGGCACUUUUCCAGAUGUCCGUGCUGUGGCUGGAGCACGACCGGGAGACCCGCAUGCAGUACGCGCCUGACCUCAUGAAGCGCCUCCGCUUCGCGCUCAUCCCCGCCCCGGAGCUGGUAGAGCGGGUCCAGUCGGUGGAUUUCAUGCGCACCGACCCGGUCUGCCAGAAGCUGCUGCUGGACGCCAUGAACUACCACCUGAUGCCCUUCAGACAGCACUGCAGGCAGAGCCUGGCCAGCAGAAUUCGCUCUAACAAGAAAAUGCUGCUGUUGGUUGGAGGAUUACCUCCUGGACCGGACCGGCUCCCCAGCAAUCUGGUUCAGUAUUACGAUGACGAAAAGAAGACGUGGAAAAUACUCACAAUUAUGCCUUACAACAGCGCCCACCACUGCGUUGUCGAGGUAGAAAACUUCCUGUUCGUGUUGGGUGGAGAGGACCAGUGGAAUCCAAAUGGAAAACACAGCACAAAUUUCGUCAGCCGGUAUGAUCCCCGAUUUAAUAGUUGGAUCCAACUUCCGCCCAUGCAAGAAAGGAGAGCCAGUUUCUAUGCCUGCCGCUUGGACAAGCAUUUAUACGUGAUUGGUGGGAGGAAUGAAACCGGCUACCUGUCCAGUGUGGAGUGCUACAACCUGGACACGAACGAGUGGCGCUAUGUGUCCUCUCUGCCUCAGCCACUGGCAGCCCAUGCGGGAGCGGUGCACAAUGGGAAAAUAUAUAUUUCAGGGGGUGUGCACAAUGGAGAGUACGUGCCAUGGUUGUACUGCUAUGACCCUGUCAUGGAUGUCUGGGCCCGCAAACAAGACAUGAACACGAAACGUGCCAUCCACACUUUGGCUGUGAUGAAUGAUCGCUUAUACGCAAUUGGAGGGAAUCAUUUGAAAGGUUUCUCCCACCUUGACGUCAUGCUUGUGGAGUGCUAUGACCCAAAAGGUGACCAGUGGAAUAUACUCCAAACCCCCAUCCUGGAGGGUCGAAGUGGUCCCGGCUGUGCGGUGCUUGAUGACAGCAUUUACCUGGUGGGGGGCUACAGCUGGAGUAUGGGUGCCUACAAGUCAUCUACGAUCUGCUAUUGUCCAGAAAAGGGAACCUGGACUGAACUCGAAGGCGAUGUGGCUGAACCCCUGGCAGGCCCAGCCUGUGCGACAGUCAUCUUACCAGCCUGUGUUCCCUACAACAAAUAACAGCAGGAAACCAUGGCACAGUGCCACAUCAAGGAUGCAGUGACAAGUGAGGCUGCCGUCCUGCAUGAACCAUGCAUUCCAGUGGUACACGGCCACAAGCCACCUUUGCUUCCUGACUCACAAGUAACUACAAAAGAAAGAGGCCUGCUCUUGAGCAGAGACUGUUGUCUGCAACUCAGAUCACACUCAGCUUGCGGUGGUGGCAGACUCUUCCAUAUCAGACUGGUUAACUUGUUCCACCUUUACACAAAGUCGCGAAGAGCUGAACUUUCAAAGAGAGAACGAUAAAACCCCAGAAGACUGGCCCCAGAGACCUAAGAUCCGUAUUGUGCAUUGUGUCCUAACUGCAUGUGAUAGACGUUGACAUUUGGAGGAUAUUUUGUACAUGAAUGAUUCAAAAUCCGACCCACCAGAAUGUUUACCCUGCAUUCCAGAAAUUGCCACUUGAUUCUGUAUCUGUCACGCUUGGCUUCUUCACCAACUCCAUAGGUAACACAGCAACCAAAAACCACAGAAGAUGGAAGACGGGAAUCUUUGUUUCUACACAGUCAUAGUUUGUAUUCCUUACAGUUCGCAGGAGAUCAGGGAAAAGUAAGUUGUUGGUCUCUUUAGCAAUUGUUCUCUGCCAGAGUCUUAAUUUCAUGUCUUUGAUUCUCCUUGAAAAUUAAAACAAAGUACACUCUGUUGCUCUUCAGCUCCCAGAA